AUGCUCGAUGAUCAUCAUCAUUCCAAGCGCAGAGCUGUCGACACGCUCAACCCAGACGUACCAUCUGUAAUCCUUGCGCGUCCCGAUCUCGAAGCUGUAAACGAACUUUUCGGUACCAUGAAACUUAUUGUGAACAUUUUGGGCUCGACGGUCGAUACACUCGGUGAUCAUACAGUGAAACUGACUGAGCUUCGAUCGGCGCUGGACGCUGAUUGCCACGUUUGCCUGCUCAGCGAACAGCUCAAUACUCAGUGUCAGCGGCAAGAGGAACGCAUGCAACGUUUCAAGGACUCUCUCAGUGAACAAUUCGAGAAUGGUCUUCGAUCCCACAUCACAGAGCAGGUGUGCGUGUUAACACGAGAACUUGUCCGCAAAGAGAUAGCGGAUAGAGUGUGCCACCAGCUUACUGUCCUUUUACCGGACUCUCUGCGAGAGAAAAUCACGCUGUACAGGAGGCGCAUACUCUCCGUCAGAGUUAGUCUGCACAACUCGGAGGCUCGGAGACUCAAUGGUCUAAUCUGCUCAGCAGCCCCCGGCGAACCGCUCCGUGCGCUCCUCCGCCCUCUACGCCCGUCAAUCUUGCAGGAGGAGAUGUCACCUCGUCCACUCUUCUUGAACACCUCACAUCAUGUCUCUCUUUCUUCAAUCCCGGAUGAUGACUACCGACCCACGCCUUCGCCUCUCUUUCCAUCUAAUCUUACCUUCCUAUCUCAGCUUGGACCGGACGAAAUGAAGACACUCAUGAGCGACUAUGGUUUACACGAGUCGCAUGCGGAGGACAAGGGGUUAGCAGACUGCGGAUUAAUCGCAGCUGAUGAAAGAACGUCCGCUGUGGAUAUGUCUCGGUUUAUGUCGUAUAUUGGGAUUGCACCUCACCUUAUACCCUAA